ACCCCGUCGUAGCAGAUCAAGACGACCCCGCCCUCAUCACCAAUAAUUGUGAUAUUUCUUCCCUGUAUUCUCAAUUUCUCGCUGUCAACAGCCACAGCAGUCUCCUUCCCCCUCCUCUUCUUCCACCUCUCUCUCUCUCUCUCUCUCUCUCUCCUCAAUUUCCUUAAACCCUCCCCCAUCCUUCUCUCUCUCUCUAAAACCACCAACCAUUCAAUCACAAAAACCCGCAGCUUGCUCACCAAAGGGUCUUACGCUCUAACCAAGAAAAGAAAGAAACGAAGAAAGAACAGAGAGAACAGGACCCAAACAUGCUUCCCCAAUUUCUACUACUCUUUCUGGCGAUUUCAGUAUCGACCCACCUCUGUAUUUCGUCGUCGGUAUACGAGGUCCUCCGAUCCAACGGCCUUCCCAUGGGUCUGCUCCCAAACGGAGUCAACGACUUCCGUCUAGACGGCGACGGAAAAUUCGUGGCGUAUUUGGACCAGGAGUGUAAUGCCAAGUACGAGAACGAGCUGCACUACGACCGGAACGUUUCGGGGUUCCUGUCCUACGGCCAGAUCGCCAACCUGUCCGGGAUUUCGGCGCAGGAUUUGUUCCUCUGGUUCCCUGUGAAGGAAAUUCGGGUGGAUGUACCCAGCUCAGGGUUGAUUUACUUCGAUGUGGGGGUGGUGUACAAGCAGUUCUCACUGUCCAUGUUCGAGACGCCGAGGGAUUGCACGGCUGUGCCGCCGCCGGAGGUUUUGGAUGGUGGGUUUGUCGCUGGAAUUGCGAGUAAGAGUCUACCUAGCAAGCUCCGAUAUGGACUGUUUGAUUCCCUGAGGGCUAUUUCAUAGGUUGGGAAGGUAAAAAAGGAUGAUUCAAGUUGCGAAGUAGUUCGAACACUACACGGAGUUCCCAUUCGGUGUAUGUACAUGUAUUCAGAGAGUCUUGUAGCAGGGUGUUAUGCUUCAUUUCAGUGUGCCUGCUUGCAGUUUUUUGUAUAGUGCAGAGUCUGCAAAUUAGCAUACCAGCUCCUCUCAACAUAACAAUGGUGGUGAACUGGACUGAGAGGACAGCUGGCGGAAGAGAAUAUGGAAAUCAUCGGUGUCUCUAUAACGGAAAUAGACUGAGGCAGGAGCAUCGGGUUAGAAGGGUUUUCCAGGUGAUAAGUCUGCCAAAGUUUGUUUUGUAAGUUGAUUUCCUUAUGAAUGUGAACAAAGUUAUGGUCAUUGUCGAUUUUUGUAGUAUACGUAUUGGUCGACAAGAUAUACAUAUGUGAUAAAUGAAUGAGAAAUAAAAGGGAUUUUGGAAAUAUUUUCUAAA